CACUCUACUCAUUUUACACUGCCUUUUAGCUCUCUAUAUACUGUAGUUAAAACGGCGCCAUUACAGAUCGAGCGCGACAAUGCGUGAGGGGGUCGUGCAGCGCAUGCAUUAAUUGCAUUAAAUAUUUUAACGUGAUACAUUUUUUAAAAAAUUAAUUACCGCCGUUAUUGGGAUAAACUUGAUAAUCAUACCUUAAACCUAAACUAAAGACUCUGGAUGAGUGUAACAUAUUAUGUCUGUAACGUUAAAUACAAUUAGAAAACGAUUUAAUUAAAAAAUAUACAGUAUAUAUAUUAAAAAAAAGGCAUGUCGGAUAUGUUUUGCCGAUUCCGAUUCUUUGAAAAUGACGUGAUCGGACCCGGGACAUCUCUAAUACCUAUGGACUGUUCUUUGGUGUUUUGAGACCAGUCUUUCUUUUAGCAUACUAGCAGUGAGUGAAUGAGUAUAUUUUUACAAUUGCAGUCAAUACAAUCUCACAGCCUGUGUGGGUGUGUGUGUGCGGGGGUGUGCGCGUGUUGGUGGGUGGUCACAUGGCAUAGAUCCUGCUGCUCAGGGUCGUUGUGUUUACUAACAAGAGGAAGAGGAGGUCAUAUUGUAGCUCUUGUCUAAUCAGCGUUCUGCUCAAUUGCCGUCAACAGUUCGGUCGUCAGUGGUACGGAUAGUUUCUUCACAUUCUGCUUUUCUCCAGGAGUAGAGCAGACCUCUGAACUCUGACUUAUCAACAUGGGAUCUUCAACAUUGGGAAAGGCAGCUUCUCUUGACGCUCUCUUAAAUGAAUGCAUUCAUGCAUUUGAUGACAAUGGAGAGCUGCAGUCCAACCUCCCUCGCAUUCUUCUGCUGAUGCAUCGCUGGUAUGUUACAUCUGCGGAACUGGCUGGAAAACUGCUGAUGAUAUACCGUGACUGCAAUGAUGACGACUGCCAGAAAACGAGACUGAAGAUUUGCUUCUUGAUGAGGUAUUGGAUAGGGACGUUCCCUGCAGAGUUCAACCUGGACUUAGGGCUGAUUAGGAUAACAGAGGAAUUCCGAGAAGUUGCUGAAAGGCUCAGUUGUGAGGAACAUUUCAAACUUAUCGACAUCUCCACCAUUCCAUCAUAUGAUUGGAUGCGUAAAUUGACGCAGCGUAAAAAACAGGUCAAGAAAGGGAAAGCUUCACUCUUGUUUGACCACCUUGAACCCAUGGAGCUGGCAGAACAUAUGACUUAUUUGGAGUUCAAAUCCAUUAGGAGGAUAUCGUUCCCUGAUUAUAAGAGCUACGUGAUCCACGGUUGCUUGGUGGACAACCCCACAUUGGAACGCUCGAUUGCUCUUUUCAAUGGAGUUUCACAGUGGGUCCAACUCAUGGUGUUAAGCAAGCUGACACCUCCAACCAGGGCAGAGGUGAUCACGAAAUACAUCCACGUUGCUCAGAAACUUCUUCAGCUGCACAACUUUAACACUUUAAUGGCAGUGGUGGGAGGACUGAGCCACAGCUCCAUUUCUCGUUUGAAGGAGACGCAAUCUUAUCUAUCUGUGGAGGUAGUGAAGAUGUGGCGCGAGAUGACGGAGCUGGUUUCUUCCAACAAUAACUACUCCUCCUACCGCAAGGCCUUCAAUGACUGUCAAGGCUUUAAAAUUCCCAUCCUGGGUGUGCACCUGAAGGACCUCAUAGCCAUGCAUGUGGUCUUCCCUGACUGGGUGGAAGGCAGUAAUAAGGUGAACUUAGUGAAGAUGCAGCAGCUCUAUAUGACUUUCAAUGAGCUAGUGUCAUUGCAGAGCACUGUGGCCCAAGUGGAGCCCAACAUGGACCUCAUCUACCUACUAACGCUUUCUUUAGAUCUUUACUACACAGAGGAUGAGAUUUAUGAGUUGUCAUUGCUCAGGGAACCGCGUAAUCCGAAAUCGCUGCCCACUUCUCCUACAAGUCCCAAUAAGCCUCUUGUACCACUGGACUGGGCCUCAGGUGUCACCACCAAACCAGACCCCUCCUUGGUCAAUAAACACAUCAGGAAAGUGGUUGAUUCAGUGUUCAGGAAUUAUGACCCUGACCACGAUGGCUAUAUUUCCCAAGAAGACUUUGAAAACAUUGCCGCAAACUUUCCCUUCCUGGACUCGUUCUGCGUUUUGGACAAAGAUCAAGAUGGGCUGAUCAGUAAAGAUGAGAUGCUAGCAUAUUUCCUUCGAGCAAAUCCACUGCUCCAGUGUAAAAUGGGUCCGGGAUUCCUCCAUAACUUCCAGGAAAUGACGUUUCUAAAGCCAACCUUCUGUGAACACUGCGCUGGAUUUCUCUGGGGCAUCAUCAAACAAGGCUACAAGUGCAAAGACUGUGGUGUCAAUUGCCAUAAACAAUGUCGGGAGCUGUUGGUCUUGGCUUGCAGAAAGCUGCUGCGUUCUGCUUCCUUCGGGUCUGUGACCCCUGAUAGACACACACGCAACUCUUUACCCAGCAGCCCUGCCCUCACCACUUGUACAGACAAGGACGAGGUGUUUAGCUUCCCUGCGACGACCUCAGCCAGUCCUAUUCGAGAUACUAAAAGCAUCACCCUAAUGACCGGCUCGGCCCAGAGGAUCUCUGUGCGUCUGCUGAGGGCCACAAUCAGCCAGGCUACUCAGACGGAACCUCUGUGGUCAGAACACAGCUGGGGGGUCACAGACAGCGGAUCUCACACCUUCCCCAAAACAAAAUAUAGGACUCACAGAGAAACCUCGAAAAAUCAAAACUCAUGGGAAAACCAGGACAACAAGCAGCAGCGGACAGGUUUGAUACAGUGCAGCGAUAAAUCUGGAAUUAUUCAGAAGAUGGGUGUCCCUGGAGAACUUGUGCAGAUUACAGAUCACAGGAUCCCACACAGAGGGAAGGUAAUGGAUGAAGUGUUUUGGGAAACAGGAAUGUAAUUUAGAGAUUUUUUUGUGUGCAAAGCAAGGUCCUGGUUGCCUGGAUAUUAAUCCAAGCAAGGUUGAAAGAUUUCAGUGUGUACAGUACAAUUUAUUUUUGACAUCAGCUUAACUGUAUUUAACUCAUUGAGUGUCCUUGACGGCAGCGCUGCCAACCUUCCCAUUUAAAAUUGAUUGGACGUCUGGCACCAUCAACGGCACUUAAACAAGAGCAUUAACAUCCAGUCUUCUCAGUUUAAAGAAUUGGAUGUCUAAAAUCACCUUAGGGACAUGUCAAAAAAAAUCAACUAGGCAUGUGCCGGUUACCGGUUUUACGGUUUACCGUGGUGUGAAACGUCGCGGUUUCCAAACCACUGCAAUUUCCAUCAGACCGUAGUACGGUAUUCGCGGUUUUUCAUGUGCCAAAAAUGCAGCCAGAAGUGGCUUGGCGUGGCAGCGCUCACCCCCUCCCGUCUGCGUGUGAAAGUGACACUAUCGGCUAGACAGCCAGCGAAUCCAAAAACAAAUACUCCAAACAUAAGGCGUAAGCCUGUCGCAAUAUGCAAUAAUUCCAUUUAUCGCGCGAUAAACAAAAAUGAAGGCGGUAAUUUUUCCGCUGCGAUUUAUCGCCUCGCGUGCAUGUGCGUGCGCGCGUGCGGCAGACGUGCUGUUAAAAGUUCGGAUUCCUCAUUACCAACUGCGCAAAAUGCAUCUUCGUUGCAGGUCCGGACAAAAAAUAGCGCCGGAGUAAAUCGUUCCCAUUAUAUCCUAUUGUUCUACGUAUACUGGCUGCGUCAGUGCUCCGGAGUGACUGUGGACCAUCUAUGGCGCGCCGGUGUUGUUGGCGUGUGGGCGCUCCCGUCAGGAGUGACAUUUCACGCGGGGCGGUUAUUUUUCAGCACAACACCGGAUAUUUGGGCGGCAAAUUAAGAGCGUUGUGCUUCAAACUCGUCCUGUUUAUGAAAGUCGCUUGUCAUAUGCUUGUGUUGUGUAGUAAUGAGCAGACGUGACUUCAGCGGCGCUUGCUAACUUUUUUAAAGCGCGCACACACUAGAUAUCAUGUUAUGGCAAACUAGAUGUGCUACGUCCAUGCCAUUGGCUAUGUGAGCCCAGAGUGAUUAUGGGACACGUUGUCCAUAUACUACAUCGAUGAAUUCUAAACUGUCAUGACUGAAUGCCAAAUCAAUCCAUACCAGUGA